AUUAGCCACUGUUACACCAGAGAAGAAGAAAAUCACCAAUGUUGUCUUCCUGCUUUCACUCACGUGGAAGAAGAACCUCAGCGUGAGUGCUCGUGCAACGUGUAGCCUGGAGAAAAACGAGGAAAGAUAGAAAAAUGACGCAGUUGGACGGUGUAGUAAAACCAAAGACAAAGCGCUCCAAGCGCUUCUUGGAGAGCAGAGCGCCCAAGCUGACUGAGGAUGUGAAGACAGCCAUGAUUAUGAAAGGAGGAAACGCCAGUCAAACUGUCACCCAGGCCCUCAGGGACAUAUAUUCCCUUAAGAAGCCCAAUGCUGUGCUGUACAAGAAGAAGAACAUAACACGGCCCUUUGAGGACUCAACAUCACUGGAGUUUUUCUCUAAGAAGACAGACUGCUCUCUUUUUCUGUUUGGCUCCCACAACAAGAAACGACCCAACAACCUUAUAUUUGGUCGUCUGUUUGACUUUCACGUGCUGGAUAUGAUUGAGCUUGGAGUUGAGAAGUACGUCUCUCUGAGUGAUAUCAAGACCAGUAAAUGUCCUGAGGGGACCAAACCGAUGCUGGUGUUUGCAGGGGAGGCUUUUGAUACAGACAAUGAACACAAACGUCUGAAGAGUCUGCUCAUAGACUUCUUCAGAGGUCCUACUGUGUCUGCGGUGCGUCUGGCAGGUUUAGAACACGUUCUUCACUUCACAGCCCUGGAUGGGAAAAUCUACAUGCGCAGCUACAGGUGUCUGUUGAAGAAGUCUGGGUGCCGCACACCGCGAAUAGAGCUUGAGGAGAUCGGCCCAUCAUUUGACUUGGUUUUAAGAAGAACACAUCUGGCUUCAGAUGACUUGUACAAGUUAGCUCACAGACGACCCAAAGCUCUGAAGGCCAGAAAGAAGAAGAACAUUUCCCAUAAUGCCUUUGGUACCAAGUUCGGCCGGGUGCACAUGCAGAAGCAGGAUCUGACGAAGCUGCAGACGCGUAAGAUGAAGGGCCUGAGGAAGAGGAGGGGAGAGAUGGUCGCUGAAGACCAGGAAGCACAGGCACCCAAAGUGGUCAAAGUGGAGAGCUAAAGUGUCUUCAACCAGCGCUGCCUACAGAUGCAUGUCAUGGACAGUCUCCUUAAGUAUUAGAGUAUUAGACUGAUUAGAUUCUCUGCUAAAACUCAUGAGAAUCAGGAAAAGAGUCCAACAAAUGAUAUCGGUUGGCAGUUGGAAGUCUGCCAUAAACUGGCUACAUUUUCUUCUGUUAAUUGGAAUGUGUAAAACUGUAAUUUCAGUGGCGGCACUCGCCUUAAAGGAAAUAAAACAGUCUCUAACCUGUCAGGUUGUUUAGAGCUUUAAUGUUUAGAAAAUGUUGACUGUAUCUGUGUCUAUGCCUUUUUGUUUUUUUGCUAAUUUUUACUUCAUAAAGUCUUGACUAUUUGCA